AUGCCCACCGUGGUACUGGCCGUCCAACAUUAUGCAUGCCCACCAUGGUACUGGCCGUCCAACAUUAUGCCCACCAUGGUACUGGCCGUCCAACAUUAUGCCCACCAUGGUACUGGCCGUCCAACAUUAUGCCCACCAUGGUACUGGCCGUCCAACAUUAUGCCCACCAUGGUACUGGCCGUCCAACAUUAUGCCCACCAUGGUACUGGCCGUCCAACAUUAUGCCCACCAUGGUACUGGCCGUCCAACAUUAUGCCCACCAUGGUACUGGCCGUCCAACAUUAUGCCCACCAUGGUACUGGCCGUCCAACAUUAUGCCCACCAUGGUACUGGCCGUCCAACAUUAUGCUCACCAUGGUACUGGCCGUCCAACAUUAUGCCCACCAUGGUACUGGCCGUCCAACAUUAUGCCCACCAUGGUACUGGCCGUCCAACAUUAUGCCCACUAUGGUACUGGCCGUCCAACAUUAUGCACGCCCACCAUGGUACUGGCCGUCCAACAUUAUGCCCACCAUGGUACUGGCCGUCCAACAUUAUGCCCACCAUGGUACUGGCCGUCCAACAUUAUGCCCACCAUGGUACUGGCCGUCCAACAUUAUGCCCACCAUGGUACUGGCCGUCCAACAUUAUGCCCACCAUGGUACUGGCCGUCCAACAUUAUGCUCACCAUGGUACUGGCCGUCCAACAUUAUGCCCACUAUGGUACUGGCCGUCCAACAUUAUGCCCACCAUGGUACUGGCCGUCCAACAUUAUGCCCACCAUGGUACUGGCCGUCCAACAUUAUGCCCACCGUGGUACUGGCCGUCCAACAUUAUGCCCACCAUGGUACUGGCCGUCCAACAUUAUGCCCACCAUGGUACUGGCCGUCCAACAUUAUGCACGCCCACCAUGGUACUGGCCGUCCAACAUUAUGCACGCCCACCAUGGUACUGGCCGUCCAACAUUAUGCACGCCCACUAUGGUACUGGCCGUCCAACAUUAUGCCCACCAUGGUACUGGCCGUCCAACAUUAUGCACGCCCACUAUGGUACUGGCCGUCCAACAUUAUGCCCACCAUGGUACUGGCCGUCCAACAUUAUGCCCACUAUGGUACUGGCCGUCCAACAUUAUGCCCACCAUGGUACUGGCCGUCCAACAUUAUGCCCACCAUGGUACUGGCCGUCCAACAUUAUGCUCACCAUGGUACUGGCCGUCCAACAUUAUGCACGCCCACCAUGGUACUGGCCGUCCAACAUUAUGCAUGGUACUGGCCGUCCAACAUUAUGCCCACCAUGGUACUGGCCGUCCAACAUUAUGCCCACUAUGGUACUGGCCGUCCAACAUUAUGCCCACCAUGGUACUGGCCGUCCAACAUUAUGCCCACCAUGGUACUGGCCGUCCAACAUUAUGCCCACCGUGGUACUGGCCGUCCAACAUUAUGCCCACCAUGGUACUGGCCGUCCAACAUUAUGCCCACCGUGGUACUGGCCGUCCAACAUUAUGCCCAUCAUGGUACUGGCCGUCCAACAUUAUGCCCACCAUGGUACUGGCCGUCCAACAUUAUGCCCACCAUGGUACUGGCCGUCCAACAUUAUGCCCACCAUGGUACUGGCCGUCCAACAUUAUGCCCACUAUGGUACUGGCCGUCCAACAUUAUGCUCACCAUGGUACUGGCCGUCCAACAUUAUGCAUGCCCACCAUGGUACUGGCCGUCCAACAUUAUGCCCACCAUGGUACUGGCCGUCCAACAUUAUGCCCACCGUGGUACUGGCCGUCCAACAUUAUGCCCACCAUGGUACUGGCCGUCCAACAUUAUGCCCACCAUGGUACUGGCCGUCCAACAUUAUGCCCACCGUGGUACUGGCCGUCCAACAUUAUGCCCACCAUGGUACUGGCCGUCCAACAUUAUGCCCACCAUGGUACUGGCCGUCCAACAUUAUGCCCACCGUGGUACUAGCCGUCCAACAUUAUGCCCACCAUUGUACUGGCCGUCCAACAUUAUGCCCACCAUGGUACUGGCCGUCCAACAUUAUGUACGCCCACCAUGGUACUGGCCGUCCAACAUUAUGCCCACCGUGGUACUGGCCAGCUGCUAUUUGAGAACUCAUCUGGUUUAGACAUCAAACUCUUAUUGCACUUCAUACAUAUAUUUUGUUUAACCUUUAUUUAACUGGGCAAGUCAGUUAAAAACUAAUUUUUAUUUACAAUGACGGUCUACACCGGCCAAACCCGGACGGCGCUGGGCCAAUUGUGCGGAGCCCUAUGGGACUCCCAAUCACAGCCCGUUGUGAUACAACCUGGAGUCAAACCAGGGUGUCUGUAGUGACGCCUCAAGCACUGAGAUACAGUGCCUUAGACCGCUGCGUCACUUUGGAGCCGUUGUACAACUGUUUUUAGAGAAUAUUGUACUGCAAGGUAUGCUAUAUGUGUAAGGUAUGCUAUAUGUGUAGGCUAUGCUAUAUCUAUUAGCUAUAUGUGUAGGCUACGCUAUAUGUGUAGGCUAUGCUCUAUGUGUUAGCUAUGCUAUAUGUGUAGGCUAUGCUCUAUGUGUUAGCUAUGCUAUAUGUGUAGGCUAUGCUAUAUGUAUUAGCUAUGUGUGUUAGCUAUGCUAUAUGUGUAGUCUAUAUUGUACUAUUGUAUAUUGUACUGCAAGGUAUGCUACAUGUGUAGGCUAUGCUAUAUGUGUAUGCUAUAUAUGUAGGCUAUGCUAUAUGUAUUAGCUAUGUGUGUUAGCUAUACUAUAUGUGUAGGCUAUGCUAUAUGUGUUAGCUAUGCUAUAUGUGUAGGCUAAGCUAUAUGUGUAGGCUAUGCUAUAUGUGUUAGCUAUGCUAUAUCUAUUAGCUAUAUGUGUAGGCUAUGCUCUAUGUGUUAGCUAUGCUCUAUGUGUUAGCUAUGCUAUAUGUGUUAGCUAUGCUCUAUGUGUAGGCUAUGCUAUAUGUGUAGGCUAUGCUAUAUGUUUUAGCUAUGUGUAUUAGCUAUGCUAUAUGUGUUAGCUAUGCUAUAUGUGUUAGCUAUGCUAUAUGUAUUGGCUGAUAUGCAGCAGUCGUCUUUAAACCUCCAUUCUAGGAUACAUUACACAAACACUUCUUUCUAUAUACAUGUUUUUAUUUGGGUUUCUGUGCAAAGUACAUGAUUGGAAUGUUUCUUUAAGCCUGCAGCUCGAUACUUGAAAUGAGACAUAUAAUAAGGCCAAAACACGAUUCAAAAACGCUAUUAACUGACAUGGAUAGGUAGCUAAUGAAACACAAAUGGACAUUUACAGUAACUGGCUAUUCAAACUGUAACAUUGGCUGGCUUUCAACGGUUUGGCGAGCCCACAAUGGUUUGGCGCAACGUGGCCCAUCCUGCUCUGCUGAACUGGCACUGGGACCUGUCCUGGAUGUUCGCCCAUGAGAUCCUCCCGGUCAGGGCCGUUAUGCAUUCCCGAGGCAUGGCGAGGACACCCGCGUGCCCCCGACCAGGCCGCGGCCAAGAUGAGUCGGUGGGCCACUUGCUUUGGGUGUGCAGAGCCGCUAGGGACCUGUGGAAGGAAGCAGGCCCCCUGAUCUCCCCGUGUCUGCCAGCAGGGGAGGACCUAAUGCCCCCAGCUCGUGCUGUAUGUGGUGGACCGAAGGCCUAUUCCACCGAAGGCCUUCACCUCUGGCCCACCCUCAUGUGUCUGAAGGAAGCACUGUGGUAGGUAGCAGAACGAGUAGAGACCAGGCAGUGGCCAUGGUAGCCACGGAAGCCCUGGGGUGGUACAGAAGAAAGGGGGCCUCGACCCCAGGCGAAGGGUCCCCCACAACACCCAUGGCCCCGGCGGCCAUGGCCUGACAGCGAUGCUCCUAAGGGAGGGAUCUCCUCUGGGCCCCGAUGGACAGGACGGUAAUUGAUUCGAAGGAGGCUACUUUGAUAAGGACUCACCCCGUUCCUGUACAAAGGACCAAAGACAGCCUGAAAGAAAAAAAAUACUUUUUAACAUAGUUUUCAUGUCUUAAACAUGUUUUACCUUGUUAAAUCAUUUGUACAUAUGUUAAAUGGCUUUUACAGAAUUUGAUGUUUUUUUUACAAGGACAAUUUACUUUUAUUUAUGGUUGUUUCUAUUGUUUUUAAAACAUGUCCUUUUUAACAAAUGUAAUAACACUGUUUUAUGUUUUUAUGCCGUUUUUCUGUGUAUAAAAUGAUGUGCAAAAAUAUAUGAGCUGUUUUAAAAGAACAAUAACAUUUUCCCCCCAAAAAUAAGAAAAUUGGCUAGCUUUCAAUACAUUGGAUAAAUGGUGGAGUUCCCUCUUCAUACUAUCCAGAUAAUUAUUUUAAAUUUACUCUAAAACAUAUUAUUAUCUAAUUUCAGUGUUUGGGAGCUAGAUAUAUCUGUUUCUCUUCAUCAGACAGCAGCUCACGUUUUCACAAGAAGCUGUAGUUACAUCGUAAAUAAAAGCAGGCCAUUGGCUGUCUACAUCACCAGGGGUAUGUACGGGACCUCUGAUUGGUUCCAAGUUUAGGAGUUUGGCAAAUUAGCCUGAACAGACAGAGUGUUAAAAUAUACUUUUUAUGAGAAAAUGUGCAACAAUUGAAGGUGACAACAAAAGUUAUAGUCAUAACAAUAUUUUACUGUGAUAUUUUGCCCUCCAAUCAGCAAAAAGCAAUGUGGGGCUUUUAGGUUAUGCUGCUACUGUGACGUAUAAUCUAGUGGACGGGACGCUUCUUUCAACAGCAGCAACAGUUAGUCAGACACCUCGGUAGCUUGCUAGACAAAAUAGACGAACCAAUAAAGCUAUUUAGUGUAUAUUAGCUAAUGUGUUUUAAACCCACUUCUGUCGUCUAGUUAGUUAUCCGAUUUAAUGGCAUAUUUACGGUGGUGUUAUUAGUCUGCUAGCUGGCUUGUUAAGUUAGCAUUAGCCUAGAUAGCUAACAUCUCCGACCAUGAGUUCACUAAGCUACUCUCCUGCUAAAGAAGAGGUCUGCUGGACGGAGAAAGAAGGACUCGUGAAAGAGGAGGAGGACGAGAAGGAUGUUACAAUACAACAAGAAGUAGAGGGUGAGGCUGUUACAGGGAAAGAAGAAGAGAAAGACGUUACAGUGAAAGAAGAGGGAGACGCGUUUAGAGUGAAAGAGGAGGAUGUUACAGUAAAAGAAGAGGAGGAAGAGAAAGAGGAGGAUGUUACAGUAAAAGAAGAAAAGAGAGACGUUCAGAGUGAAAGAAGAGGAGGAUGCAGUUUUUGGAGUGAAAGAGGAGGAGGGGGAGAUGACUGUCACAUCGAAAAAGGAAGAGGAGGAAACUGGAUAUCUGGGCCCGGUUUCCCAAACGCAACUUACGCCGUACAAUGGUUCUAAUGAUGAUCUUUGUCGUGAAAUGGUUUUGAAAAGCCGUGCCCUGAUUAACACUCGAGAGAGCGGUGACUAUUGUGGAUCCUCUGGGGAGCCUCAACAACAUCAUGAAGCUGAUGAAGCAGGCAAGAAUCUCUCCACAUCAGAACAGCUCAAGAAACACCAACGGAAACCCACAGGGAAGAAUUCUCACCACUGCUCUGACUGUGGGAAGAGUUACUCAAGAUUAGAUUCACUAAAAAUACACCAGAGAAUUCACACAGGCGAUACAGCUCACUGCUCUGACUGUGGGAAGAGAUUCACCACUAUAGCAAACCUUAAAAUACAUCAGAGAAUCCAUACAGGAGAGAAACCUUAUAGCUGUGAUCAAUGUAGGAAGAGUUUUACUCACUCAAGCUGCCUGAAGGUACAUCAGAGAACACACACUGGAGAGAAACCUUAUAGCUGUGAUCAAUGUGAGAAGAGAUUUGUUACAUCUAGCAGUCUGACUAUACACCAGAGAACACACACAGGAGAGAAACCUUUUGGCUGUGAUCAAUGUGGGAAGAGAUUUGUUUCAUCUAGCCGCCUGACUAUACACCAGAGAACACACACAGGGGAGAAAUCUUUUAGUUGCUCUGACUGUGGGAAGACCUUUUCAAAAUUAUAUACAUUACAAUUACACCAGACAAUUCACACUGGAGAGAAACUUUAUAGCUGUAAUCAAUGUAGGAAGAGUUUUAAUCGCUCAAGCUUGCUGAAGGUACAUCAGAGAACACACACAGGAGAGAAAUCUUUUAUAGCUGUGAUCAAUGUGGAAGGAAAUGUGUUACAUCUAGCAAUCUGACUAGACACCAGAGAAACAAAUCUUAUAGCUGUGAUCAAUGUGGGAAGAGAUACUCUGGUAAAAUAUCUCUGAUUAAACAUCAGAAAAGACAUACAUGAAGGAGUUGUUUCAUGAUAUCAAUUAAAUAAUGUCACAAUGUACAAUGUUUUAACAUUGUAGUAGGAGUAUUUUAAUAAUGUCACAAUAUAGAAUGUUUUAACAUUGUAGUAGGAGUAUUUUAAUGAUGUCACAAUAUAGAACCCUAAACGUUUGUCCCCUGUUCUAUUGAUUUCAACAUGAUAUGGAUAUUAGCCUCAGGGGGGAAAUCCAGGCUCUGAAAUGGAAGAGUACUAUUUAUGUGAUAUAACAUAAAACAGUGUUCCAUUACACUUACCGUGUUGGCGACCCACAUGAAUCAAAAUGGAACACUUCAAAAUGUAGCUAGUUGUUUUAUACAAAUUGUCCUCUAACCAGUGAUGUACACAUUAUUCCCAGAUUCCAUGUGGGAAUGACAAAUAAGUGUUCAAAUUAAACUUUAUUUGUCACAUGCGCCGAAUACAACAAGUGUAGACUUUACCGUGAAAUGUUUACUUUACAAGCCCUUAACCAACAGUGCCGUUCAAGAAUAAAAUAUUUACCAAGUAGACUAAAAUACAAAGUAACACAAUGAGAAUAACAAUAACGAGGCUAUGUACAGGGGGCACCGGUACCGAGUCAGUGUGCGGGGGUACAGGCUAGUUGAGGUAAUACAUGUAGGUGGGGGCGAAGUGACUAUGCAUAGAUAACAAACAACGAGUAGCAGCAGUGAACAAAAGGGGGGGAACAAUGUAAAUUGUCCGGUGGCGAUUUUAUGAAUUGUUCAGCAGUCUUAUGGCUUGGGGGUAGAAGCUGUUGAGGAGCCUUUUGGUCCUAGACUUUGUCCUCCGGUACCGCUUGCCGUGCGGUAGCAAAGACAACAGUCUAUAACUUGGGUGACUGGAGACUCUGACAAUUUUAUGGGCUUUCCUCUGACACCACCUAUUAUAUAGGGGCUGGAUGGCAGGAAGCUUGGCCACAGUGAUGUACUCGGCCGUUCAAACUACCCUCUGUAGCGCCUUACGGUCAGAUGCCGAGCAGUUGCCAUACCAGGCAGUGAUGCAACCGGUCAGGAUGCUCUCGAUGGUGCAGCUGUAGAACCUUUUGAGGAUCUGGGGUACCAUGCCAAAUCUUUUCAGUCUCAUGAGGGGGAAAAGGUUUUGUCAUGCCCUCUUCACAACUGUCUUGGUAUGUUUGGACCAUUCUAGUUUGUUGGUGAUGUGGACACCAAGGAACUUGAAACUCUCGACCCGCUCCACUACAGCCCCGUCGAUGUUAAUGGGGGCCUGUUCGGCCGCCUUUUCCUGUAGUCCACAAUCAGCUCCUUUGUCUUGCUCACAUUGAGGGAGAGGUUGUUGUCCUGGCACCACACGGCCUGUUCUCUGACCUCCCUGUAGGCCGUCUCAUCGUUGUCGGUGAUCAGGCCUACCACUGUUGUGUCAUCAGCAAACUUAAUGUUGGUGUUGGAGUCGUGUUUGGCCAUGCAGUCGUGGGUGAACAGGAAAUACAGGAGGGGACUGUCAGGAAGUCCAGGAUCCAGUUGCAGAGGGAGGUGUUUAGUCCCAGAGUCCUUAGCUUAGUGAUGAGGUUUGUGGGCAAUAUGGUGUUGAAUGCUGAGCUGUAGUCAAUGAACAUGAUUCUCACAUAGGUGUUAGUUUUGUCCAGGUGAGAAAGGGCAGUGUGGAGUGUGAUUGAGAUUGCAUCAUCUGUGGAUCUGUUGGGGCGGUCUGUGAAUUGGAGUGGGUCUAGGGUGUCCGGGUGGAUGUUGUUGAUGUGAGCCAUGACCAGCCUUUCAAAGCACUUCAUGGCUUGCGUUUCUCUUCAGUUUGGGGACCCCUAAAUUUAAAUGCAUUACUCCAAAAUGUAGCUGACUGUCUUCUGCAGGUUAUCUUUUACCUCACUGGUUAGAGGACAUCUCCCAUUUCCAUGUGUUUUUUUAGUUGUGUUAGUUUCAACAGCAGGUACAACCUGAUUUUCCCCCUAAUCGAUAUCAGUGAUUUUGGAUAUUACAUCCUAUUCUUACUAUUCAUCCUAUUCAUCCUAUUUUAAUCAAUGUCAUUUCCUUAGAAUGCGCACUAGUCUUUCAGUUUGUUAUUCUUUAGUAUUUUAUCCUCUUAUGUUUGUUGUGUAGUAAAUAUGAAAGUUUUUAUUUUCAUAGUGUUUAUUAGUUUUCCUUGUGAAGCGCAUUGUGUUGCAUCUAUGUCUGAAAUGUGCUGUAUAAAUAAAGCUUGAUUUGAUCAUAUUGCAAAAACAAAUUAACCCAAUGACUGAUGACUGACCAAUCAACAGACUCUUGCAAAACCAAUGAACAAAUAUGUGCAAAAGCAAAACAUAUCUUAGUAUGAAAACGUAUAAUUUCAAUAUAUCUCCCACUAUGUCAAAAUUGUGCUUGUGUGGCAUGUAAGUUUAGUAUCUCUUUUUAACCAAUCAAGUACAUUGUUUUUGAAAAUGAACAAUUUUGAAAUCAACAAUACGUCAAAGGAUUCAACUACUGAAAACUGAAACAAACAAAUGGAUCAAACAGAUCAAUCCCACUUUUCCAGCCUGCUGAAGCUGGUGGAGUGGUAAACACCACCCCCGGCUCUACCAGGGGCUUGAGGUGGUCUCCCACAGCUCUGCUGGUGGAGUGGUAAACACCAUCCCCGGCUCUACCGGGGGCUUGAGGCUGUCUCCCACAGCUCUGCUUAUGUCAUAUUCUGUGGCCUUGCCGUUCCAUUUCUUGACUGAUAUUUAGGGAUAUUAUACUGAAAAAUAUAUAAACGCAACAUGUUUCAUAUAACAAUAAUAAUAAAAGACCCAGAAAAUUUUCAAUUUUCAACAACAAAAAACGUAUUUCUCUCUAAUUUUGUGAAAAUAUUUGUUUACAUCCAUGUUAGUGAGCAUUAAUAAUCCAUCCAGCUGACAGGUGUGGCAUAUCAAGAAGCUGAUUAAACAGCAUGAUCAUUAUUAUCACUUUUUUGGUUACUACAUGAUUCCAUAUGUGUUAUUUCAUAGUUUUUAUGUCUUCACUAUUAUUCUACAAUGUACAAAAUACUUUUUUUAAAUAAAGAAAAACCCUGGAAUGAG